GCCCGGGCCGCGGGCUACGACCUGUACAGUGCCUAUGAUUACACAAUACCACCUAUGGAGAAAGCUCUUGUGAAAACGGACAUUCAGAUAGCGCUCCCUUCUGGGUGUUAUGGAAGAGUAGCUCCACGGUCAGGCUUGGCUGCAAAACACUUUAUUGAUGUAGGAGCUGGUGUCAUAGAUGAAGAUUAUAGAGGAAAUGUUGGUGUUGUACUGUUUAAUUUUGGCAAAGAAAAGUUUGAAGUCAAAAAGGGUGAUCGAAUUGCACAGCUCAUCUGCGAACGGAUUUUGUAUCCAGAAAUAGAAGAAGUUCAAGCUUUGGAUGACACCGAAAGGGGUUCAGGCGGUUUUGGUUCCACUGGAAAGAAUUAAAAUUUAUACCAAGAACAGAAAACGAGAAGUCAUACCUUUUUCUUAAAAAAAAAAGUUUUUGCUUAAAGUGUUUUGGUGUUUUGCACUUCUGUAAACUUACUAGCUUCACCUUCGAAAAGUACUGCAUUUUUUACUUUAUUUUUUUUUUUUAUGGUCAAGGAAGAGAUCAUAAAAAAAUAAAACACAAAGCUUUUUGUGUUUGGAUCAAAAAGAAACUUUGUUUUUCUGCAAUUGAUGGUUGUAUGUAAAUCUGCUUUGUGGUGACCUGAUGUAAAGUGUCUUCUUAAAAUCAAAUGUACAUCAAUUACAGAUUAAAAAAAAAAAACCUGUAUUUAACUCAAAUGAUCCCCCUUCAGCAACUUAUUUUGCUUUAAUUCCUUUAAAUCUUAAGCAAUAUUUUGUAUUCAGUAAACUUAAAUUCUUACACAAGGUACAAAAUCUUGCAUAAGCUGAACUAAAAGAAAAUGAAAUGAAAAGGAGAGAUUAAA